GAGCUGACUUCGGCGGGGAGACUAAGGAGGGCGAGGGAAAGCGGGGAGUGGGGAACCGGAGCCAGGGCGGGGAGGGAGGUAAGGGGGCUGUCUCUUUAAGGUGUCCGAGGCUCGCGGGUGCAGUGCGGAGGGACUGCGCGGAGGCGCGGCCUGCCUCCCUCGCUCAGCCCUGCGGCACGCUACAGGCUCGGCCGACCCGCCGGGGAUCCAGGGCCUGGCGGCCUCGCGGUGCCUCGGCUCACGCUUCCUGGGAGUUACUGAUUGUCUUUGAAGAAACAUGAAGUCACAUUUUGUUGUUAUGCUUCCUCUAGCCAUCAUGGUGUUCCUGGCAUGGGUCCCUGUGUCACUGAGUUGUAACAAAGCACUCUGUGCUAGUGAUGUGAGCAAAUGCCUCAUUCAGGAGCUCUGCCAGUGCCGACCUGGUGAAGGAAAUUGUUCCUGCUGCAAGGAGUGCAUGCUGUGUCUUGGGACCCUUUGGGAUGAGUGCUGUGAUUGUGUUGGCAUGUGUAAUCCUCGAAAUUAUAGUGACACGCCUCCAACUUCAAAGAGCACAGUGGAAGAGCUUCAUGAGCCAAUCCCUUCUCUCUUCCGGGCACUCACAGAAGGAGACACUCAGUUGAACUGGAACAUCGUUUCCUUCCCUGUUGCAGAAGAACUUUCACAUCAUGAGAAUCUGGUUUCAUUUUUAGAGACUGUGAACCAGCCACACCACCAAAAUGUGUCUGUUCCCAGCAAUAAUGUUCAUGCACCUUAUUCCAGUGACAAAGAACACAUGUGUACUGUGGUUUAUUUUGAUGACUGCAUGUCCAUACAUCAGUGUAAAAUAUCCUGUGAGUCCAUGGGGGCAUCCAAAUACCGCUGGUUCCAUAACGCCUGCUGCGAGUGUAUUGGUCCAGAAUGUAUCGACUAUGGUAGUAAAACUGUCAAAUGUAUGAACUGUAUGUUUUAAAGAAGGAAAAGAAAUGCAAACCAAAGCAAUUCAAUCACUAAGAAAGGUAUGAAAAGCUAUUCACUGAGGCUUACUGUUUGCAUCAUCAGAAUGCUAACAGGUUAAGAGGAUGUAAAGAAUUUGGACUGAGUUACUUCUGAAAUAUGACAAAUUCAGCAGUGUGUUAAAUUAUGAUUAUAACUGCUCUUACUGAUUUUAUGGUCUGCUAGCAAUAAGCCCUUUCUUCUAAAUACAUGUGCAAUUUUGGUUGUAUUAGAAGCAUGUGCACAGAGACUACCUUGAAAGAUCUGAGGUUUGUAAUGUAAAGCCUGAUGUCAUUUUCUUCUAGCAAACGGAAAACCUUUUGUUUUGUAAGUGUUCGAGUAUAUUAACAUAAGUCAUGAUUUCUUCAUGUACUCCUCCUAGGACAUUGAGUUUUUAUAGUUGUAUGCUAUUCUUCACUGUGCCUUGUAUUGUUUAUUUGUUUUAUAGAGUAGAUAUUCAAAUAUAACACCCUGAGAACUCAUUAAAAUCACAUAAAAAGUUUAAUUUCAAACCUUUUUAUGUGAUUUUGGACAGUAAAUGCUUACUGUAUUUUACAAUUUAAAAUUUUUGCCUAGUAGGAUCCAUCCUACAAUAUACAUACUGACGAAGCUUUAGGGAAAGUUUCUCCUUCUCUUCCAUCCCCUUGCCCAAAGUUCUGAUGUAGGUUAGUGAUGAAGAAUCUUUAUCAAGAAUUUUGGGACACACCUAUGAGACUGCAUUAAGACUUUUUUUUUUUUUUUUAGCUGAGCCAUCCUGCUACCUGUUGGCAGCUCAGCGGCUGCUCAGCUCGGGCUGGACUCGAACCGCUGUUGCUCAGAGCUCAAACUCUUGAGCGAUGAGACUGCAUUAAAUACACUGCUAGGGUAAAUAAGAAGGUAAAGCAUUUCUCUGACUUAAGGUACCAGCUUAAAGAGCACUAGGAUUUGGAAACGACUGCCAAGUCGGACUCUACGUAGUGCGGCAGGGAAACAACUUGUCCUUGUACAAAAAUGGGAAAGCUGAAAGGGGAGGAUGUGCUCACUGGACAGUGAAGAAUGAGCCCACUCAGCCUCAGCACACAGAGCCACAUUCUCCCAUGGAUGAGUGAUAGCAGAGGCUAAAGAAGAGAAUUUACCAUAUGAACUAGGAAGGUUGAAAAUUCUGGGGAUUCUAAUAGGAAACAAACUUAACUAUUUACAUUAAUUAUUUUGUUACUUUGUAAUCUUUCCUAUAAGUUUACAUCUGGAUCAAAUGUUCUUAUUAAACAAGUGUAAUCAUACUUAUGAAUAAUUAUGAAACCAAAAAAAGAUCUCUGUUCAAGAUGAUGUCAACUUCAAAUAUACUACAGAAUAUUUUGUCAGCAUUUAUAUAGUUCUAUAAAGAUAAGCUUCAAUACUGUGUGCCCUUCAUAGUAAUAAAAUCACAAUCUUCAAGCAUGCAUAUAACACAUAAAGAUUUAUAUUACAGAGACUCUACAAAAUUAUUGAUUUCUCAAAUAGGACAUAUUUGAUUACAUGUAACUUUUUAGGAGUACCUCUCUUUAUAUGUCUAAAUAUAUUAAUUAGUACAUAAAAAUAGAUAAUGCUUUUAGACUUUGUAUUCACUUUCAAAACAGUAGUUAGUUACAAGAUCAUAUGUAAUAUUAUGAUUAUCGUAAAAUUUGAAGACUUGAUACCUUUCUUGUUCUUUCAGAUAACUUAAUGAAUAUUCAAGGUACUUUAUUUAGCUUUUUAAAAAGUUGAAACUUAGCUCAUAGAUAUAUUUUUUUAAUAGGAAAACAUUAGGGUAUCCUUUUCUUACUUUUACCUAGAAUGCCUCUGUUUAAAAGUGCCUUGAAAACACUUUAGCUCUCCUUCUUCAUUAAUACCCAUAAAACGGAAGGUUUUCUUGAACUUCAGAAAGUUUUAAAGGAAUCUGUAGCCAGCUGGUUCAUUUCAACUUUGCAGUUUUUCAAAGUAAUUUCAUAUUUACCUAUGAAUAGAGGAAUACUUCUGUGUUUAUUGACCACAUGCUUAAUGUUUUCUUAAAUACACCAACAAAUUGCAUUUAUCAUCUUUCUUAGGCCUUCAUUAUUCUUUAAAAUGUAAUAUCUCUUCUGUCCCCUACAUGAAGAGGCUAACUGCUUGAACCAUAUAAUGUUUUAACUGGUUUGUUUUUUUUUUUUUACUUCUGCAUUCCCAAUAGAAAUUAUCACAAAAUGUAAUGGUCUUUUAUAUUCAAAUUUUGCUUAAUUUUCUGGUUUAUGAAGGUGUUGAAAGCAGUGCUCACCUGAAAAAGUUCAUUUCAGGUUUUAAAUAACAAUAUUUUUCCUAGUUAAAAGUAUAACAUUUGGGAAGCCAGUAGCCCCACUAAAAUUUAGACCUUCUGUUACCAUUCUAAGCACAAUUCACUUCUAUAUAGAAGCUCUGGUUAAAAUAAAUAAAUAAAUAAAUAAUGUUUUUAAAUAAAAAAUUAGGUUCUUACCUUUUUUAUAACUAGAUUCAAAAAAACACUAAAUUUUAAAUUAGUAGGUGUUAUAAAAGUCAUAAAGCUUCUUUCCUGUAGUAAGACAUGUCCUUGCUAGCAGGUUUUUCUUUCCCUACCAUCUUAAUUAUUACUGAAACUAUGGUGGCACCAAAUCAAAUGGUAAUUCAAAUAAAAUAAGUCUUUAUUUACAUAGAAUGCUAUAAAGAAAAGGCCUUCAUUUAGAAAUAUGAUUUCUAAGAUUUCAGAAAACAAAAUUGAAAUGUUAGAAUAUUUGAACAAUUACGUAUUUAAAAAUCACAGUAGCAUUAAAAUGGAGAAGACACAAAAAUGUCUGAAAAAUGACGUAAAUAUAUAAAUAAGCCACAUAUAAAGGUUGUUUUUAUGAAAGCUUUUUUGAAGAUUUUUUUAAUCUAUUCUGCAUUCCCAUG